AUGGAGAAAUCAGAAUCGACCCGUUUGGUUCGGUCUGUGACGUUAAGUGGAUGCACAGUACAGGUGGAGGACGCUCCGCUGCCGGUGGAGCUGCCAGAGGAUCACGUGGAGGUGCGCGUCUCACACUGUGGCCUCAACUUCACCGACAACUACCUGCGCCUGGGCAUCAUCCUCAACCUGGACUUCCACGUUCUCAUGGGCAGCGAGUCUUCCGGGACAGUCACGCGCGUCGGAAGACGCGUCAACGACGUCCAGGUGGGACAAAAAGUUCUUUGUUUGCAGAUGCAAGGUGGUCUUUUCCGUCACACCAUCAAAGUUCCACGAAGAAACUGUUAUCUGCUGCCGGAAUAUAUUAGUCCCAAAACCGCUGUGGGUCUCGGACUUAACUACUUGGUGGCACACUUGUGUUUGUUCGAAUUUGGACACCUCAAGACUAAACAGGUCAUUUUCAUGCAAUCCAUAGGAGGUGGCGUCGGUACAGCUGUAAUUCAACUUGCACGAACAGUUCCCCAAGUCACAAUUUUGGGGACGGCGUCAUUUUCUAAACAUGCGAAUCUGAGAUACCUUGGCGUGAAGCGUGUAUUUCGCCACGAACAAGAUUAUGUAAGCAAAAUUAGGGAAGCGUACCCAGACGGCGUAGACCUAGUGAUAAACAGCGCCGGUGGAGCAGAUAUUAUGAAGUGUUUAAGUCUGCUUAAACCGUGUGGAAGGUUGGUUACCAUUGGUACAAAUAGCUCAGCGAAGUACCCGAAAACUACCUUAUGGGGACUACGAUCAACGUGGAAUACGAAACGAAUACCAUCUUCAGACAUAAUCGGCAGGAAUCACGCAGUAUCAGGGCUAAACGUUGGUCACUAUCUCGAAAACAACCAGAAGAAAGUGCGCUCCAUACUCGACCACGUCUUCCAGCUGCGGGCCGAGCUCACCAUUAGACCUCGUAUUCACUCCGUUUUAGAUUUUGAAAGGGUUGGUGAGGCGCUGGCGCAGCUGUGGAGGAGGGAGAACUUGGGGAAGGUGCUGCUCGUCGUUCAGCAGGACUCUCCCGAACUGCGAGUGCGAGGAGGAGACGCGCUUGCAAGCGUCGCUGGCGUGGGCCGGGGCGUCGCCCCGCGGUGA